GCCGACAUGCCGCGGGCACCGGGACGUUCAAAUCCCCACGCCUCGCAGUCGCAGACCAACGCCGCCGCCGCCCACCGGGCACCGGCCGCCCGCCGCAGCCGCAGCCAAAAGAGAUGGCGGCGCUGCGCGUCCCGCUCCGAGCCAUCCUCUCCCGCGCGGACCCUCCCUCCGCGCGCCUCCUCCUCCCGCUCCACGCGCACCUCGUCGUGUCCGGCCGCCUCGCGGCCUCCCCCGCCGCGCUCACCUCCCUCGUCUCCCUCUACGCGCGCGCCCCGGCGGCGCUGCGCCCCGCCAUCCCGCUCCUCCUCGCGCCCUCCGACCCGCUCCCCUGCUACAAUGCGGCGCUCUCCCUGCCGCACGCGCUCGCGCUCCCGCUCUUCCGCCGCCUCCGCCUCGCCCACUCCCCCGACGCUUUCUCCUUCCCUCCCCUCUUCUCCUCGGCCCCCUCCCCGCCGCACCUGCUCGCGCUCCACGGCCUCGCCCUACGCUGCGGCCUCGCUCACGACCUCUUCUGCGCUAGCGCUCUGCUCCGGGGGUGCCUGCGGUUCGGCCUCGCCGACCACGCAUACCGCCUGUUCGACGAAUUGACCGAUCCGGAUGUCGUCGUGUGGAACGCCAUGGUCAAUGGGUUCGCGAAGCUCGGGUGCUUUGACCAUGCCACGGAGUGCUUUCGGAAGAUGAGGGAGGAGGGAGAUGUGGAGAUCAGCAGCUUCACCAUCACCGGGAUCCUAUCGGUUUGUACCGCGAGAGCAGAUUUCGGGCGCGGGGCGGCGGUUCAUGGUUUGUUGGUGAAAUCAGGAUUUGACAGGGAGGCAUCAGUGUGUAAUGCGUUGAUAGACCUUUACGGAAAGUGCCAUAAGGUGGACGAUGCAACAAGGGUGUUUGAGGCACUGCCAGAGAGUGAUAAGGAUCUGUUCAGCUGGAACUCAAUGCUGUCAGCGCUGCAGUACUCGGCUGACCACGUGGGGACAAUGAGUCUGUUUGCAAGAAUGAGACGUGCUGCAUUGUGGCCAGAUGCAGUGACUGUGGCGGCUGUUCUUCCUGCAUGCGCAAAGACUGCAGCCCUGCAGGUUGGGAGGAAGGUGCAUGGGUAUAUCGUAACGAGUGGCCUGGCCUAUGAUGGUGCACUGGAUGUGUUUGCUUGCAAUGCGCUGGCCGACAUGUAUGCGAAGGUUGGUGGUCUGGAUGAGGCUCGUCGUGUGUUUGAUUGGACACGGCAACAGGAUGUGGCAUCAUGGAACAUUAUGAUCGAUGGGUAUGCUUCACACGGGCGGGGGCAAGAGGCACUGAAGUUGUUCCACCAGAUGAUAGAAGAAGGCCUGGUGCCAGAUGAGGUAACAUUGCUGGGAGCACUGUCGGCUUGCAGCCACUCUGGGCUUGUCGAGGAAGGUAAGGGUUUUCUAAAGAGGAUGAAAGAGGAGUUCGGAGUGGAGCCACAGCUGGAGCACUAUGCAUGUAUCACUGACAUGCUUGGUCGAGCAGGAAGGUUGGAUGAGGCGAGAAAAGUAGUAGAAGAGGCUGGUGAUGUUGGUGCUGGUGCAUGGCGGACAUACCUUGCAGCAUGCCGGAUGCAUGGUGAUAAGGAGAGAGCACAAGAGGCAGCUAGGAUGCUGAUGAUGGCAGAGGAAUCAGGGAGUGGGGGAUGGGUUCUGCUUGCCAACACAUACGGUUGGGAGGGAAACUUUGAGGAGCUCGAAGAGGUGAGAGGGGAGAUGAAACGCCGAGGGGUGCAGAAGGCUGCACCUGGCUGCAGCUGGGUUGAGGUAGGGUGAGAGUACAGUGGAAGUGGGAUGGUGAUCCUGAGGCUGAGGUGAUCUAUGAAAUGUUCCACAUGUUGAUAGGUUGGAUGGAGGAGUGCAGGCAUCUGAGUAACAUAAGUCCAUUAUAUCUGGUAGAAUGCUCACUUUUCAGAUGUUGCUACAACAAUUUGUUACAAGCAGAUGGACUGACAUUAGCUCAUAAGUUAGAAUAGUGCAUCAGAAGAUAAAGUUAAGCUCGCACCAUCAAGACCAUCACUGAAAUUUGGUCCUGGCAACAAGUUUUCACCAAAUAUCAGAGUUCCAGCAGCCAGCGCUCCAGCUCCAAGCCCCAUUCCCAGAUUCGGAUGGAUAUAUCGACAAACCCAUGAGCUUUGUCUGACUUCUUCCUCCUAAGCUGGAAGCUUGCAGUCUCCUCAAUAAGCCCCGCAUGCUCCUCACCAUUCGCAAAUUUGUCAAAGUACUCUUUCAUCUGGACGACUGCAGCUCCCUGGAGGUGCUCUCUCAGGAAGAUGGGUUCUCUCCUGUACACUUCCACCGUCAGAACCAUCUGCUGCAGGCUGUUCAAAUCAUGCUCGUCAGCCGAGACAGAGAACUUCAUGCCCCAGCUCGGAUUGGAGCUCCCUGACGCGUCCACCUUGGUGCAGUACUUGCUGUUUUGAUCAACCCAUGCGACGGAGAACCACUGCGGUUUGAGCAGCGACGACCUGCGGCCCAGGCCGCGCGCGGAGAUCACGCAGAACUCGACCGACGUUCUCGCCAUCUGCGUGAAGAAGGAAAGGUGAGGAGGAGAUAGCAGGACGGCGACGCAGACCAUUGAAAAUGAUGGUGUGAGAUUCGUUGCGUCAAUAGGGUGCUUUACCACGCUACAGUUAUUCCGAGAUGACAUGGGGACUGAUUUUUCCGUGUUUGCUUUGCUGUUGCCAUGGAAUUGAUUCGAAAGCUGUGGGCCUUUGGCACUAGGGGGCACAGCUGAAAAACGGUGUGGUGCUCCGAUGUGAAGCAAGCUUUCUUGCAUUUGACCA